AUGAUUAAUCGAUUAUGGGGAAACUAUUUUCGAGUCGUCAUUGUGCUUGUCAGUUUUAUGUGUCUCGUUUCUGUAUGCUCAAAUUAUAUCAUCAUAAAUUUCACAUUCAUUUGUAUGAAGGACGAUUUCAGUGAGACGAAAAUUUGGAAUGGGACCAUCAAAAGCGCAUAUGAUUACACUCCAAUCGAAAAGAAACACAUUCUAUGGGCGGUCGCAUUUGGUACAAUUGUUGGCAUAUUCCCCAUGAACAUGUUGUAUGUCAGAUGUGGAGCCAGAUUAGCAUUUUUCUCGGCGGGAGUUUUGUCAGCAAUCACCACAGGAUUGACACCGUGGGCAGCUAGUCAAUCGAUUUGGGCUCUGGUGGCUUUCAGGUUUUUACAAGGAGUCGCCUAUUCAGCGGAUUUCGCCGCCAUUGGAAUCGUCAUCUCAAAAUGGGCGCCUCUCGACGAAACGGCCGUUUUCAUCUCUACUCUCACCUCUUUCACCUCUAUCUCGUCCAUCAUUACAAACGGAGUCAGCGGAGUGAUUUGUGAGAGUCAUUUGGGGUGGAAAUGGAGCUUCUACUUUCAUGCUGCUGCAUGUCUCGCUGUGUUCAUCAUCUGGGCAUUGGUCUACAAAGAUGAUCCAACUUUACACAAAAGUGUCAGCGCCAAAGAGCUCGGAAAAAUUCAGAGAAACAAAUCCGAAUCUCACAUCAAGGAUGACAUGGAAAUCCCAUAUGUCAAAAUUUUCACAAGUCCAGUUGUGCUUACAGUAUGGCUAUGUGCAUUUACGGAGCUUUCAACAUUGAUUCUAAUUGCCACUUAUGCUCCAAUUUAUUUCAGAAGUGUCCUAGGAUUUGAUAUCAAAAUAAUCGGAUUCUACCUGGGACUCAUGUUGGCGAUUCAUCUUCCAUUCCGAUUUGUUUGCGCAUUUUUGAGUGACAAAACUAAAUGCAUCUCCGAAAUCUCAAAAAUCCACAUUUUCAACACUUUAGCCGUUGGAUGUGUUGGAAUAUCUUUCAUCGUUUUUAGGCAAGUUUCACAGACACAACCAUCCUCAAAAUCUGAAAUGUUUUCCAGUCAAAUCCCAGCAGAGCACAAUAUAUCUGCAGUUGUGUGUUUGGCAGUUUUGGAGUGUUUCACCAGUUUCAACUGUGGAGGAUUCUAUAAAUGUGGAACACUGCACGCGAGGCAAUUCUCAUCAAUUGUAAUCUCAGCAAUCCAGUUCACAAAAUGCAUUUCUUUAUUCUCGGGACCGGCUCUUGUCGCAUUUUUUGUGACAGAUGAAACGAAUCAAAUACAGUGGAGUUAUGUGUUUUUCGUGUUAGCCGGAUUCACUUUCUUGGCGAAUAUUCUCUCCUUCAUUUUCUUUACGGAUCAACCAGCAAAAUGGACGGAAGACGGAGGCGUUGUGAAGUAUUCAAAGGAGAAGGAAAUCGUGAAAAUCUAG